AUGUCGAUGCACCGGAAAACGGACUCGGAGGAGACCAGCCUGGCGCCGUCGUCCCCGAACCGCGCAGUGUACUACGUGCAGAGCCCGUCGCGUGACUCACACGAUGGCGAGAAGACGACCAACUCCUUCCACUCAACCCCCAUUCUGAGCCCCAUGGCCUCCCCGGGCCGCCACUCGCGGGACUCCUCCUCCACCCGCUACUCGGGCUCCCACAAGUCCAGCAACAACGGCCGCCGCCACCACCACCACCACCACCACCACCACAAGACGGGCAAAGGAUUCGACGCCAUCGAGGAGGAGGGCCUGCUGGACGAGGACGGCCGCCGCCCCCACGGGGUCCCGCGGCGGUGCUACGCGCUCGCCUUCGUUGUCGGGUUCUGCGUGCUGUUCACCUUCUUUGCGCUCAUACUGUGGGGGGCCAGUCGGAAUCAGACACCUGUCGUCACCAUGAAGGUACACGCGCCACGCGCCUCCUGA